CUCCGUCACCUCCUCUGAAGGUACAGCUUUCCUGUGCCACCGCCGCUCUUGCUGCUGCUGCCGCUUCUGCUCCUGCUCUCUCCCCCCCACCCCCCAGCAGCAAGAACAGAAAGAAGAAGAGGCAGGCGAGGCAGGCAGACGCACACGGUGACGGAGGGAAACGCACACCACCAUGGGCUGCUGUAACAGGAGGUGCGGGCUGAUUGCCGGAGCCGUGAUCGGGGCGGCGGUAGCCAUCCUGGGUGGUGUCCUCCUCCCAGUGGGGAACAGCAUCAUCCGGGAGACAGUGGAGAAGGAAGCCGUCAUCGAAAACGGCACCACGGCCUACGACAACUGGGUGGCCGGGGGGGUGGUGGUGUACAGGCAGUUUUGGUUGUUCGACGUGCAAAACGCAGAGGAGGUCGUGAGGAGCGGAGCAACCCCGGUGGUGCUGGAAAAGGGGCCGUACACGUACAAGACAAGAUAUCUCGCCAAGGAAAACAUCACGUUCAACUCCAACCUAACCGCCUCCUUCGUGCUGCCCGUGGGCGCCAUCUUCGAUCCAUCCAUGUCGGUGGGGCCGGAGGAGGACACAGUCACCUCCCUGAACCUGGCAGUGGCGGCAGCUUACUCCCUGGUUCCAACCGAGCUUCACGGUGUGCUGGAUAAACUAAUAACAACGAGCAAAUCCUCCUUGUUCCAGUUGCGUACAGUCAAGGAGUUGCUGUGGGGUUACAAUGACCCUUUGUUCAAAUCACAGCUGGGCCUGUUUUUCCCUUACAAUGGUACCUAUGAAGGCAGCUUCAAUGUUUACACUGGCAAAGAUGACAUCUCCAAAGUGGGGAUGAUUGACAGGUGGCGAGGAGAGAGGAGCCUUCAUUUCUGGAACGACACGUACUGUGACAUGAUCAACGGGACAGACGCUUCUUCGUUCUCUCCCUUCGUGGACAAGAAGACGCCGCUCUAUUUCUUCUCAUCGGACAUCUGCAGGUCGGUGUCAGCUAGCUUUGAGGCGAGCCACGAUCUUAAAGGGAUUGAAGUGUAUCGCUUCGCCCUCCAGCAGAACACCCUGGACGCCCCCAACGUCAACCCGGAUAACCGAUGUUUCUGCAAAAACCAAAAGACCACCAGGAACUGCACGCUGGCCGGGGUCCUGGACAUCAGCACCUGUCAAGACGGAAAACCCAUCUUCAUCUCCCUGCCUCACUUCCUCUACGGCAGUGAGUACCUGCGAGAAGACGUGAAGGGCCUCCACCCCAACAAGGAGCACCAUGACACCUUCCUGGACGUGGAACCUACAACUGGCUUCACCUUGAGGUUUGCCAAGAGAAUUCAAGUGAAUAUGAUGUACGGACCAUCAAAAAACAUCACGGUGCUUCAGAAAGUCAGGGAUUACACCAUAUUCCCUCUCCUUUGGAUGAACGAGACGGCCGCGCUGGAUGACGAAACGGCGGCCAUGAUCAAGGGGGAGCUGUUUUCACGUAUCGACAUGUUGGAUAUAUUGUGGAAAGCCCUCCUGGGCUCAGGCGUGGCCGUCUUCCUAGUGUGUUCCAUCUCCUACUGUAUGGUGAGGAGGAACGAUAACCAAAGCAAGCUGGUGUGAGCGGAUCAGCUGCCGGGGCAAAGGGCAUUUAAGAUGCUACGGGACAUCAGACCUUUUGAUAUAGAGUUGCACUUUUUUGUAAUUUCAGUAUUAUUUAUAAUAUCAGACUUCCUUUGGUGCCAAAAGGAGAAAUACUGUGAUUUUGAAAAGCUCGAGAGCUUUGCUGAGAAUUAUUUGAAUCGCUAACACUGUAACAUUAAUUCAAUCAGGGAUUGUUUGAGAGAGAGAGAGAGAAUCUUAACCGGCGGGUUAUUAAUCCAGAGGAGAGACGGGUUUGUUUGCAUCCCACAAAAGAAACGUACAUGAAUCUAAUCUGGCAUCAAUGUUUCUAUUCUUUGCUCAACCGGUGUCUUCAAAAUGAAUAAAGGCUGAAAGGUUCUCGUGU